AUGGCGCCAGCUGGGGGAGGAAACAUCAAGGUGGUGGUGAGAGUGCGGCCGUUCAAUGGCAGAGAAAUUGACCGCGGAUCAAAAUGCAUCGUCGCAAUGGAAGGGAACCAGACCGUCAUCACCCCGCCGGACGGUCACUCGGUCAAGGGGACCAAGGAUACCGCCCCAAAGGCGUUCGCCUUCGAUCGGUCAUACUGGUCCUUCAACAAGGACGCUCCCAACUAUGCGGGCCAGCAUAACCUCUUCGAGGACUUGGGCGCGCCGCUCUUGGACAACGCCUUUGAAGGGUACAAUAACUGCAUUUUCGCCUACGGCCAGACGGGUUCCGGAAAGUCGUACUCCAUGAUGGGUUAUGGCAAGGAAAUUGGUAUCAUUCCCAUGAUUUGUCAGGAAAUGUUCCGGAGGAUAGAUAAGAUCCAGGGAGACGCAUCCAACAAAUGCACCGUCGAGGUAUCCUACCUGGAAAUUUACAACGAGCGAGUCCGCGAUCUGCUCAACCCUUCGACCAAGGGCAACUUGAAAGUUCGAGAGCACCCGUCCACCGGUCCCUACGUCGAAGACCUCGCCAAGCUCGUUGUCACCAGCUUCCAAGAGAUUGAGAACCUCAUGGACGAAGGAAACAAGGCCAGAACUGUUGCCGCAACCAACAUGAACGAGACGUCCAGUCGAAGUCAUGCCGUCUUCACGCUCAUGUUGACGCAGAAGAAAUACGAUGCCGCGACGAAAAUGGAGAUGGAAAAGGUUGCCAAGAUUAGUCUGGUCGAUUUGGCCGGUUCUGAGAGAGCCAACUCGACUGGCGCAACGGGCGCGCGAUUAAAGGAGGGUGCGGAAAUCAACAGAUCGCUUUCCACGCUCGGUCGUGUCAUUGCGGCGCUGGCUGACUUGUCCACGGGCAAGAAGAAGAAGGGUGCCUCUCAGGUGCCAUAUCGUGACAGUGUACUUACCUGGUUGCUGAAGGACUCUUUGGGAGGAAACAGUAUGACGGCCAUGAUUGCGGCCAUCAGUCCUGCCGACAUCAAUUACGACGAGACGAUAAGUACGCUCCGGUAUGCCGAUUCCGCGAAGCGAAUCAAGAACCAUGCCGUUGUCAACGAGGAUGCGAAUGCUCGUAUGAUCAGAGAACUCAAGGAAGAGCUCGACCUCUUGAGAAGCAAGCUUGGUGGUGGUGGUGGUGGUGGUGGAGGUGGUGGAGGUGCCGGUGGAGGUGCCGGCCUCCCGCCAGAUGAAGUCUACGACGAGAGUACCCCACUGGAGAAACAGAUUGUGAGCAUCACAGCGGCCGAUGGCACAGUCAAGAAGGUUUCAAAGGCAGAGAUUGCGGAGCAGCUGAGCCAAAGCGAGAAGCUCCUUACAGACCUGAACCAGACCUGGGAGGAGAAGCUGGCCAAGACGGAGGAGAUCCACAAGGAGCGCGAGGCGGCGCUGGAAGAACUCGGCAUCAGCAUCGAAAAAGGAUUUAUCGGUCUGCACACACCAAAGAAGAUGCCCCAUCUUGUCAACCUCUCAGACGACCCCCUUUUAGCAGAGUGUCUGGUCUAUAACCUCAAGCCCGGCACAACCACCGUAGGCAAUGUGGACACAAACGCAGAACACCAAGCCAACAUCCGCCUCAACGGCACCAGGAUAUUGCAUGACCACUGUACCUUUGAGAACGUCGACGGAGUCGUGACUGUCAUACCUCGUGAAGGCGCAUCGGUCAUGGUCAACGGCAAGCGAAUCACCGAGCCCAAACAGCUGCAUUCUGGGUACCGAGUCAUCCUCGGAGACUUUCACAUCUUCCGAUUCAAUCAUCCUAUGGAGGCUAGGGCGGAACGAGCCGAGGGCGAGGGCCAAAGGCAAAGCCUGCUACGGCAGUCCAUCACCGCAAGCCAGCUGCAAGCCCUCGGCCCGGUGCCACAGACUCCCCGGACUCCCGGACACGAAAGGUCUUUUAGCAAAGUUUCAAUCUCAGACAGCGGAGAGAUUUCUCGGCCUGAUUCACCGGCCUUCUUCGGGCGCAACGGCAAGGACUCUGACUGGUCACUCGCACGAAGAGAAGCUGCCGGCGCCAUUCUCGGGACUGACCAUAACUUCGCCAGCCUGACAGAUGAAGAGCUCAAUGCAUUAUUUGAGGAGGUGCAGAGGGCUAGAGCGGAGCGUGUGAAUGUGCGCGACGAUGGAGACGACUCCGAGUCAGCCACGUCGUACCCGAUUCGGGAGAAGUACAUGUCCACAGGAACCAUUGACAACUUUUCUCUCGACACGGCCCUGACGAUGCCCUCGACGCCCAGGCAGGGAGAUCAAGAUGAUCGAUUCAGGGAAGUACGAGAGGAAUUCCAGUCUCAGUUUGAGAGGCAGAAGAUGGAAUUUCUCGGCCAGCUCAGAGGCGCUGAGGCUUCUGACAUGGAGGUUGAUGAAAUCAGACGAGAAAAGGCCCGCAUGGAGACGGCCCUCAGGGAACUCAAGGAGGACAUGGAGAAGCAGCUUAGCCUUCAGCGCAAGCAGUUUGAGGAGAAAAUCGAGAAGAUGGACCCCCUGAAGCGCCCCAAGGCCAGCCCUAGACUGUCUGACGGGGAGAUUGACAUUGCAAAGAAGACGGUCAAGGCAUGGCGAAGCCGCCACUUUGUCAAAAUGGCGGAAACCGUGCUCCAGAAUGCACACAUCCUGAAGGAAGCGCAGAUCAUGAGCAACGAGCUUGACGAGAGCGUCGUCUUCCAAUUCACCACUGUGGAUCAGGGACACGUGCUGUGUUCCUCGUACGAUAUGGUCCUCAACGGCUUGACGAGCGAAGGAGACGAUGUGGCGCUGGAGGAGGCCUAUAAGCCUUGCAUCGGUGUCCGCGUCAUUGACUACAAGAACAGCGUCGUUCGCCUGUGGAGUCUGGAGAAGCUGUAUGAGCGAGUGCGCGUGAUGCGCCAGAUGCACCAGUACCUCGAUCAGCCAGAAUACGCCCAGCACCUGAGCCUGGACAACCCGUUUGUUGAACUCAACAUGCCCUCAUACACCCUCGUUGGCGAGGUCGACAUUCCCCUGAGGGCCGUGUUUGAAAGCCGAGUGCAGGACUUUGCGCUUGACGUCCUUUCCCCCUACACCUCUCACGAGGUAGGCAUGAUCAAGCUGUCGAUCGAACCAUCUCAAGCCCGAGCACCGACCAAUACGCUCAAAUUUAACGUCGUUAUGCACGAGAUGGUGGGCUUUGCCGAGCGAGAGGGCACAGACGUCCACGCCCAGCUGUUCAUCCCGGGCAUCUCGGAGGAAGACGGCAUCACGACGACGCAGAUGAUUCGAGACUUUGACGAAGGGCCGAUCCGCUUCGAGAGCGUUCAUAGCAUGAGCGUACCCUUGUUUGCGACGCCAGAGGUUACGCUGAGAGCGGCCAUCUUUGCCAAAGUCUCGACAAUGCACCUCGACAAGCUCCUUAGCUGGGACGACAUGAGGGAUGCCUGUCCCACGGCUGACGGUGCAAAGGGGGCUCGCAUCAACGAGUCGCAGUUCUAUACCCAGGAAAAGCACGACCUGCUUUCUCGAAUUCAGAUCAUGGAGCUCAACGAACACGGAGAGUACACGCCUGUCGAGGUGACGCAGAGCAGCGAGCUUGACAGUGGAACAUUCCAGCUGCAUCAAGGUUUGCAGCGGCGCAUAAGCAUUGAUAUUUCGCACAGCUCGGGAGACAUUCUGCCCUGGGGAGACGUCACCGCCGUCCGCGUUGGUAGGAUUCAGACCAUUGACUCGGCUGGCAAAUCCCCCGACAUGGUCACAGAUCGCGACAUCUCUCUCAAGCUUGCGGGAAACCCCGUCUUCCGAGAGAACCCCAACGGCACGCGCAACAUUGUGGUCCAAGCCCAAUGGGAUUCCAGCUUGCAUAACUCGCUUCUCCUCGACCGCGUCACGCCCGAAAAGUUCCGCGUCCAAAUGACCGUCACCUGGGAUAUUUCCUCUGAGAAGCUCGCGGAGCCCAUGAGGUUCUCGCAAAAAGUGAAUCUGCAGAUAAUGCCGCGCACCUUUGUCAGACAAAGCUCUGUGUUCUCGUCACUGUGGCAGAAUAUGCGGUUUGUGCGCUCUUCUACUGGAAUCUUCACCCUGACCAUGAAGCCUGCCCCGAUCAAGAGAGUGGGCGAUUUGUGGCGGAUGAGCAGUCAGCACGACUAUGUCAAGGGCGAGGAGAACCUCCACAGCUGGACACCCCGCGGCGUGUCUCUCGUCAGCGAUUUCCUCCACUCCAAGAAGAAGAGGCGGCGCAACGCUGAACUUGGGGCCAUAAGCAGCAUGCUUGCUCAAUAUGGCAUUGACGUUACGGCUCCUCGGAAGGAGCCGCAAGAGGCUGAGCCUGCGCCCGGGUUAUCGCCAGAUAUGGAGCCCAUCAUUCCCAAUGACGAUGACUUGCUCAACGAUACGCCCGUGACAUCCCAGGCCCCGUCUAUCCAUGAAGACGAGGCAGCGGACGAGGAGCCUGUGACCGGAGAGGAAGCCCCUAAGGCUGACCAGGAGGAAGCAGCGCCACAGGAAGACGGGGAGCAAGAAGCGCCGCAGGAAGACAAGCCACAGCCCAUUGCUCCGCGGUCCGAAUAUAACACGCGGCAAACCGACCUCUUGGAACAUUGCCUGAAGCUCUGGAAGAAAUACCCAGACCCGUUUGUGAAGCUCUUGAGCCCGGAAAACACGCUGCCCCCUGAGAAUGGAGUCACGACGGAGCCUGCUCCUCCCAGCCUUAUCACAACUAUUGUGCGCGUGCCCAAGAACCCCAAGGUGCAAAAGGGCGGAUAUCUGUUGGUGCCAAACAACGAAUCUACGCGAUGGGUCAAGAGGUUUGUGGAGCUGAGAAGGCCCUAUCUUCACAUCUACUCCGCCUCAGACGGCGACGAAAUCGGCCUGGUCAGCCUGCGCAACUCCCGCGUAGACAGCCAGCCCGGGGUCCUCGGCUUGCUACACGGACCGGACGACUACGACUCACCGCCGCGAAGCUCCAACUCGCCAGAAUUCACGCCCGGCCACCGACGCACGGGUUCGGGACGGGUGAUUUCGACGAUCUGGACCGCCGCCAGUGGCGGAGGCUCCUCGUCUGCCGGACCGGGACUGCAAAGACUCAGCGAGCGCAUGCAAGCGGCCGUGUUUGCGAUUUACGGGACGGACAACACGUGGCUGUUUGCCGCUCGCAGCGAGCGCGACAAGACGGACUGGAUCUUUAGGAUUGACCAGACGUUUGCUUCCAACGGCGAGAACACGCCUGUCAGCGGCAUCAUGAGCCCCGGCCGGAACAGCGACUGUUGA